GACGGGUCAAAAGGCUUCUGGAACCGAUUGGGUGAUUCCGUUUAAUCUGUUUAAUCACUCUUGCUCUAGCGUCUUAUACGAAACUUUCAAGACAAACUAUUCAUUUACUGGCUUCAUCUUUUCCUGUUAUCGGGCUGAACCUAUCCCAUGGAUCCAUAGGAGUUCAGUUUUUGCACUAAAAUUCCUUCUGGACAGUCAGAGCCAAUUUACCAGGGAGGGGCGGGGGGCGGUUAGCCUGCGUCACAGACGGAAAGUUUCGUUACGCGUAAUAAUGCAUGGUUGGUUGCGUCUGCGACAGGCUAAGGGGGGUCAGCCAAAGGACUCACGCACUUAUACCUAGAGACUUUUAGUCAAAAACAUCCGUGCUUCAAUUUAAUUUCAAUGGGCGCAACUUCAAGCAGAAAGUGUUUUCUUGCUACAUCGCCCGCUUUUCGAUGAUCACAAAUUUUCAACAACACCUGGGAACCACGAAAAUUUCAGGGAACUCCCUCGGGACAGGCUAUUCCGUUGCGGGUGCGCGGGAUUAUCCUUGUGAGGUGAACAACAUUGGGACCCAGUCUUUUCAGUCUCACAGUGCUCAACAAACUGGUGUACUCGGUGUAAACAGUGCUGUACUUUCAUGGGAGAAUUUUUGUAAUUUGGCUCUUGCGGUGUUUGUGGAUGUUUACAUGGAUAAGGUUUCAAGAAACAAAGCUACAGAAGGAGGAAGCAGCGACGAAGAAGAAGCUUUCGAGAGCGCGGAUGAAGGAGAAGAAGCCUCUAUAAGUGUGAAGCCGACAUCCGCCACGUCAGCUGACAUUAGAUCUGCAAAUUCCACGUUGACAGAACUGGUUGGCAAGAAUGAUGCGUCGCCAACAAGUCAGGUUGCCUCAGGACAGGAAAUAAAAACUGGAACUGCAGCAGAAAGGAGUCAAAAUACAAAAAUGGAUAGUGAUACAGUAGAGAGUGAGAAUGAACACGAGGUAGAAAACCCUACAGUAGAGAAAGAUCCCUCCAUCAUAAGCGAGCACUCGCCUUUGCCAGAGAGUGAAACACAAGAAGACACUGAUCAGCUAAAUAUUACGACGAAGGUAUGUGAGGAUGAAAUAGAGACUAAACGAAUUGAGGAAGACAAUGGCGAUACUGAAACAGACAAACAGGAAGUGAGUGCUGGAGAGGAACAAUCCCCAGAAAACGAGGAUGAACUGGUAGCUAAGGAAAAUAAGCUUAUAGGAGAGAGCAAUGACGAUGGACAAAAGGAAGCGUCUGAAAAUUCAGCUAAUGAUCAGCUGAAGGAUAUUUCAGGAUCAUCUUCUGAUGUUAAAGUCGAGGACAAGCCUGACAGCUCAGCAGAGAAGCCAGCUCAAGAGUCCUCAAGUUCUGGUGGGGGGUGGGGAUGGGGAGGUUGGACCUCAAUGCUCUCCCAUGCGACAGCUUCUGUGACAUCAGGACUGUCCUCUGUUAUUGAGACAGUAGAGACAUCACUAGGUGUUCCUGACCCAGAAGAGAUUGCACGUAAAGUAAAAGCAGAAGAAAAGCUAGUGCAAGAGAAAAGAGCAGAAGCAAAAACCCAAGAGGCAAAAACCCAAGAGGCAUCUGCAGAAGACAAAAGUGAGAACAAAAAUGAAAAUGAAAAUGAAGCAGCUGGUGAGUCAUUUUUCUCUGGGUUUGGUGUGUCAAGCUUGACCAGUGUGGUACAGAGUACUGGCAAAGAGCUGAUGUCAGGUGGGCUAGACGCCUUGGAGUUCAUUGGCAAAAAGACAAUGAAUGUCCUAGCUGAAGGGGAUCCUGGGUUGAGACAAAAGAGGGAAAAACUUGCAGGAAAAGGGCCAAGUCUUUCACAGGUUUUAAAGGAGGCCAAGGAAGUAUCGGAACAAAAAGCUACAGUUGCACCUGAGGGGACCAAAGCAACUAUAGACCUGUUUAGCGAGUUUGACAAGUUCCAAGGACUAUCUCAUUUAGAAGCACUGGAGAUGCUCUCACGUGAUAGUGAAGCCAAGCUGGAGUCCUGCAUUAUCGAUUUGACAGAAGACGAACUCAGUGGAGUUAAGCCUCUUCUACGCGCUGUGGAGGAAGUUUUUCACAUCGACGAAAACGACACGGAUGACGAAGUGGAAGGACUAGACUUCAAAUCCGAAGUUGUAGAGAACGUCAAGUCGCUCAAUCUGCCGCUUACAGCAGACAAGAUCGUCACGUCUCAGGAAAAAGCAAGGGAAUGGACAGCAGCAUGUGUUCAAGAACAGGACGAUACACCAGGGAGCAAGGACGGAGUCGACAUUUAUACCACAGCCGUUUCAAGUAUGGCGGAGCUCACAGCCCGAACUGUGGAACUAUUUCACAAGUUUACGGAACUUUUGCUUCACCAGGCGGAGCAAGCCGCGGAAACGUCGUCCCUGGUGCGUGCGCAGUGCGUGCGGAAAAUGACAGACGCGGUUUUGGAGGAGAUUUCCGUAAUGGCGACGCACUUUGCGGGCUGUUUGAACACCGCGGCUGACGAUUCAGACAAUCCGGACUCGGUCAGUUCUCUGAUAACGACAUUGUAUCUCGAUUCGUCAACAAGUGCUGACUAUUUGCGGAACUCGCUAAAACUGUUGCGUCCCGUUUUGCAACUGUCAUCUCUUGAUGAGAAGAAUGCUUCUAAAAUUUCAUCAGUAGCCGCCAAAUGACAAGUCUUCAAAUUAUUACAAGCACACCAAAGACCUGUAACGGGACAGCCUGUCCAGCAAAUGUUUUAUUUCUUUACUCGAUUUGUUUGAUAAAACGGGAAAAAAAUUCAAUCAAAGAAAACGCCAUCGCACAUGGUAUGCUAUAAGUAAUCAGGGACUCGUACAUUUAUCUUUCAGAUUCAAAUAUAAAUGUAAUAAAAUAUUUUAGGUACGGUCGA